AUGGCAUACAAACACAUCAUGAACUCCUUUGAGUACGAUGGAAAGAUCGUCUGGCACAACGUUGGUCCUCCUGUACAGAUCUGGAUCAAACCUCGCGAUGGCAUCAUCGAAGACAAGCAUGUUACGGCGUUCCACUUCCAUGUGACGGCCAGCCCAGACAACGAAUUCAACUCCAUGGUCUUGAAGGAGGACUUGCCGUACCUGAUGGAAGGUCCCGGAAUGUCUUUCCCUGACUACGUCGUCGCUUCGGUCGCUUCCUGGCAACAUCAGACUCACGAAGAGCUUUGGGACUGGCUCAAGAGGGAGCACUUUCAAAUCCGAUUGAAGCAAGAGAUCAACGAUGUCAUCGCGAAGGAAGCUGAGAGCUUGGAUAUCAGUGAUCACGCGCUCUCUGCCGGUGGAAGCCUUACCGAAGGUACGGACCGCAGUAGCGAUACUGAAGAACUCCCUGACUACUUGAGUUCACAGUCCGCUUCUGAUGUGUUGGGUGCUACACUAGCACAAUGUCAUUCGCUCCCUGUCGACCACAUCGUUUAUUAUCUUCCGGACACAUCCGACUUAUACCGAGGCGCUGGAUACUUCGGCCACAACCCUCGUCUCUGGAUUGAAUUUUGCGGCGUUGAAUGUUGUAGAUCGACCACGAUCAACAUGGUUUCCGAAACACCGUCAAACGGCGUUGCCUGGAUGAAGAUAUAUCUGGCCGGCGCUUCCCACCAGUUCCGUAUCCGUGCGAUCUUCCAACAGAAUCUGAAUUAUCAAAACAAAGAGCUCAUUUUGUAUAUCUACCCGCGCAGCUCCCCGGUUCACGACCAGUUGAGCAUUCAUUUCGACAAAGGCAACAAAAGUUCCGGCAGUAUCAAUACAGAGUGCGACCCCGUGAGGGCUACCACGAAUUGCACUAUCGUCAAGUGUUCUGCUAUUCCGCUCAAGAUCGAAGGGCACGCGCUCGUUGGAGCCUGCUCCACCGCGCACAAGAAUCAUAGGGAUUUAUGGAGUAUGCUCACACAAAAGGACUUUCUAAGCGGGUUGAGACCAGAAAGCGACAACGCCAGCGAUGAGUCAGACAAUGAGGGCGAUGCUGAAGGUACAGGUAUUUAUCAUCGGAUGCGGAUGGGUGAUAGCAAGUCCGAUGAUGACUCCACUUCCGGGCGAGCUUCUAUCCCAAACGUCACGCCCGUCGUCAGAAAGAUACUAGUACAUAAGCGCAGCAUGACUUCGUCCCCGAUGGUCACUUUUGAUACGAUGAGGGUAGAAUUCGCGUAUGGCGGCAAGAAAGUUCAGGGAAUCUUCAUACCGAGCCCGGGCUGCAAGCAUUUCCGCAUCGGCAUUGUGUCCGACUCGGAUCUCAAGUCAUCCCAGAAGUCACUCAAGAAGUUUACGUUCAAUAUGGCUGAUGUAACUGGUGACAACAAUUCCCCAGACUUCGCUUCGACGAAAGGUUUGAUGGAAUGUUCCGGGGACGAUGAGAUGUAUGGCCCUCCCGCUAUUGCCAUUGAUGGUUGGACUCUCUACAGUGCCAAGUCUGUGGCUUUCGACAAUCACGAAGAUCUUUGGGCUUUCCUCGUUUCGGAGGGAUUCCAGACCAAGCUAAUGGAAGAGAAAAAGAAACAGGCCGCAAGCAGCUCUUCGGGACAAGGGCCUGUUCAGCGGCCCGUCACCGCACGAGACGCAGGCAACGAAGGAAAUGAAUCUGAUGACGAGACUGAUGUCGGUGGUAUCGAUAACUCUGCCAAUAACAAAGAGGACGAUUCUGAAUGUGAUACCGGAGAUGCAGUCUCUGAACGAUCAGUUCAUGUCGUCGAGAAAAGCAGCCAUCAGUCUCAGUCUCCUGCAUCGACUAUUGCAUCCGGUCCUGCAGCUUGA